CUCCCUAUAAAUAUUCUCCCUCGUCGGUCUGAAAUUAGUCAACUAAUUAGCCACAAUUGAUAAUCGAGCAUAGCAAUAAGAUGGCUUUAACUGGCAAGUUGGAGGAAGAAGUGGAGAUAGUAGCAACUGCUGAUGUCUUCUACAACCUCUUCAAGACACAAAUUCACCAACUCCCGAACAUAUGCUCAGAUGUUGUUCAAAAGGUCGAGCUCCACGAAGGUGACUGGACCUCCUCCGGUGCUGUCAGGCAGUGGAACUACACCCUAGAUGGGAAAGCUCUGACAACCAAGGAGAAGGUAGAAUUAGACGACGCGAGUAGGGCGGUCACCUUCAACUUGCUCGAGGGAGAUGUCUUCACAGAGUUCAAGAGCAUAAAGGCCAAUGUUCAGGCAACCCCAAAGGCUCUUGGGAUCGGUAGCGUGGUGAAAUGGACAAUCGAAUAUGAAAAGCUGAGCGAGGACAUUGCAGAGCCGAGCAACUAUCUCACUGCGGCGGUUAAGAUGACUCAAGAUAUCGGUGCUCAUCUCGUCUCAGCCUGAACACGCCGAUCGAUAAUAUGUUUAUGUAUACAUAACUUGAAGCUCGAGAUCACCUUGCUUCAUAUUUAUGUACUUCUGCGUUUGCCCUUGUAAGUCGUGAAAACUAGUUGUCAUAUUGAUGCAUAAGAUAUUAAAAUGUACUGUUGUCCUUGAAAACCAGCUAUGUACGGACUGAUACAUGCAUUUUAAGAUAUCUUUGUGUUUUUAUUCU